GAGCAGCAGCCCAGCCCAGGUGAGGCUCUUCCCACACCAGGGGCAGAGCUGAGGUCCAGGUGUGUGUGUUCAGGCUCACUGGGCAGCAGAAGGGUAGUGAAUGGGCCAUGGAUGUGGAAGGUGUGACUGAUUUCAGAGCCCUCCGAGCCAAAUUUCAGCACGACUCCAGCCUUGCCACCAAGACAGUGCAGCCCUGCCAGAAGCCUUCCCCCAGAUUGGUGUCUAGAGGUAAUGGCAUGCCCAACAGUAAGGCGGAUGUGCUGGUACCCGGACCCCACAGUGAACCUCCCUGUCCUGCAUCCCAGCUCUCUGCCAUUGCCCAGAGGGCCAAGAUGGGUCACACAGAGCCAAUGGAGCACAAUGAAGAGCGCAAAGAAAAUAUCUCGGUGAAAGGGCUGAGCUCUCCCAAAAGCAGUUCUCCAAAGUAUCCGGUGUCCUGUUGCACCGAGCAGCAAGCAUCAGUCCAAGCAGGCCCUGAGGAUGCUCCGCUCCUGAACUCUUUCCACCAUGCGCUACGGAUGUGGCAGAACACUUUAUCUGGUGGUGAGAAAGCAAGUACUGAGCUGCCAGCCCUGCGACCAAUGAACCUCUACGUGCAGCCCAGCCCAGGGCAGAGGGUGCUGCAUACUCCUGCCGCAUCAAACGUCAGCAAGGUGCCUCCAGUUGGCAGCCAUCCUACACCAGCCCGACCUGCUCAGGGGCUGGCUUCUGCCCAGGCAGCCCAGGGAGAUGGGAAAGCUGCUGGGAGCUCUGCAGCAACUAUAUUGCAACCUCAGUGCCAGAAAGCAGAGUCAAAGCCUCCCCACUGUCAGCCGGGAGCGGGGACAGAGCUGGACAGCCCAGGCAGCAAACCACCCAAGAUAAGACCUCUUCCUUCAGCUGCAUCCCUGGGUCCUGCCCCUCGAAAGCCCUCGAGACCCCCAAAAGUUGAUCUCAGCUCUUUCCGAAGCAUGGUACCUUCAGUUCACAGGCAAAAUGAAACAACUGCUGAGGAAGAGGAUUACCUGAUCCCUGAAAGCACUCAAUGUGAAGAGCAGCAUAAUUACGAGAAAACCCUGAUGUACCUGAAUCAGUCUGAGGACACCACAACCUUGUGUGCCAUUGAAGUACCUAAGUUAGAACCUCAAGAGCACAAGAAACAGAAGAGUUUUCUCUUUGGUGAAUCCAGUCCCAGAAGAGCUAUAGAAGAGGAUGAAAAAGAAGGAAAAACAAGUCUUGAAAGGGAGAAACAGGAAGUGAAGAAGCCAGGUGGAAAUGAAUACAUAAUUCUCAGUGGCCAAGCCAGCAAAGGAGACAGAGGUGGGAUGAAGGUGUCGCGUAUGAGGCAGGAUGUGACCAGCACCCCCCAAAGGCUGGCAAAAGACAGAACAAAACCCUUGUACUAUGGUGCUCCUGAACCAACUGAAGACAGACCAACCUCGAACCCAAACCAUCAUCAGUUCUUGCUGACCCCAGAGGAUGUGUACGAUGAUGUUGAGGGACUUCAAGACAGACUCCGUGCAUCAGAUGCCUCAAGUCCAUCUGCUUCAGACAGCAGAAGCAACUAUGAAGAAACAUAUGAAGAUGUUGAGGCUGGGAGUGAUAAUCCAGCAAAAGAGGAAGCAGAAAAACAAAAGAGAUUUGGAAAGCUGUUUAAGAUAGAAAAAUUGAAACUGAAAAAUACCAGGUUCAAGGAAAACUUAAGGUUGUUUUCCAUGUCGGUGCCAAAUUUGGCGGAUGUCUCCCAGGAAGACACAGUGUACGACGAUGCUGAGACCGAGCAAAAAGACCCCAGAGAGAAGGAUGACAAGCACAAAUCGUGGAUGCCAAAAUUCCUGAUGGCAAAAGAAGCGAAGGACCGGCGGAGAAGCAGUGAUGAUGUGGAAAGAAGCAUCUUUAAAUUCAAGAAGAGCAAUGCAGAAAAAAAUAAGAUGGAAAAAGAAGAGAAGAUAUUUAGAGAAACUUUUCUGUACGACAAGGAGAUCACAGUCAUCAACACAGCAACCGCUGCAUGCUCCAUCCCCAGCAAGAGGAGAGCCGACCUCCCGCUCACAGCUGGAGAACAGCUGGAUGUCAUCGAUGUCACCGAGGGCAGCGCGGUGAUAUGCCGCAAUUCAGAGGGCAGAUAUGGGUACGUCCUAGUGGAGUACUUGAACUUCAGGCAGUACUGACCGCCCUGGAGCAUCCCCAAAGUGCUGUUCCGAGCCUGGGAGAGCCCAUGUUUGUCAAUGUGGGGAGCUGAUGCCUAUGUAAAUAAAGCUUUAUUUUUUACACUUA